AACGUAUGCCUAUAAAAGAAGAAACUUGGGAACGAAACCAUCAUAUUUCUGAUUAAGUUUCCCUAACUUGCUCGACAUUCUUCAUACCUACUCCCUGAAAAUGUCAAGAUUCGGUCUUGAUCUCCAAUACUCUCUAUCAAAACAACCAUCGUUCAAGCUAGGCAAACGGAGCCUAUCCAAGGACACUAGCCAGAGACCUGCCGCUGCGCCGAGAAUUUAUCGACCUAACACCGAGGAAAUGAGACGGGUGUUUGAUAAGUUCGAUGCCAACGGAGACGGGAAGAUCACGAAGGAGGAGUACAAGCUGGCGAUGGGGGCCCAGGGCCAGGGAAUCAGCGAUCACGAAGCGACCGAGGCGUUCUCGGUGAUGGAUGCCGACAAGGACGGGUUUGUGGACUUCAAGGAGUUUCUGGAGGUGCACGGCUCGGGGGGCGGGAUAAAGAGCUGCGACAUCGAGGGCGCAUUCCGAGCGUACGACCUGGACGGGGACGGGAAAAUCAGCGCGGAGGAGCUGUGGGAGGUGAUGAAGAGCCUGGGCGAGAAGUGCAGCCUGGAGGAUUGCAAGAGGAUGGUCCGUGGGGUGGACGCCGACGGCGACGGCAGCGUCAACAUGGACGAGUUCAUGAACAUGAUGACUCGUACCAUGAAGCAGUGCUAGCUAAAUCGCUGAGCGGUCAAGGUUUAUAGUUUUAUUUUUCAAAUGGAACGUGUAUUGAUCGUAAGCGGGACAUACAAAGGAUAAUUAGUAUGUUAACUUAUAACCGCAUCGUGGUUAAUUUGGUGACAUAUUAGGUUCAUGUGCUUUUGUUGUUUGGAUUCCAGAUGGUACUUUUAUUAGGCGGUCAGUAAUCGCAAUUCGAAUCAUUGUAUCGCAUGAUUUUACGAGCAAAAAGCACAUAAGCGUCAUGCUCAAUUGCUGAAAAGUCAUUUUCUAUAUGGAUAAAUCUGAUGAAUGGCAAGUUAAUUUCAAACUCAUUAAUUUCGA